AUGAAGAAGCGUUAUCGACAGCAGAGGAUUCUGAUCCUCUCUUUGUUAUCUUUCUCUUUGUUUGCUCCAAUCGUCUGGCUGUCUCCGAAACUCAAAACUCUCAAUUCAAUAGGACUGUACGAGCUUUGCUCCAUGCAGAAAUAUAAGACAGAUGAUUUUAAGUUGAAUGCAACUGGACAGAAAGGUGCCGAGGACUUAAAAGGGCCAAAACUAAUUGUCUUGAAUGAGAAUGAGUUUAGUUCCGUAGUUAGUCGCAGUUCUGAAGAGAAUCCUGAUUCAAAUCAAUCUAAGGUUGCUCAAGAUGUGUCCAAAUUGUUAGGAACAAAUGAUUCAGAGACUAAUGAUGAAGGCAAAGAUGGGUAUCAAAUUCAGCAAAAGAAAAUGCCAAUAAGGUCAAGGAAACAGGAGCAAUUCAAUCAAGAAGCAGGUAGACAUCAUAGAAACUCGCAAUCUCAGUCCCAUAGGGUAAAGGAUAAGAAGCUAAAGAAGAUAAGUUAUCAGCUCAGUAGAGCGAAAGCGUAUUUAAGUCUUGCAUCACCAAGUACUCACCCUGAAUUGGAAAAGGAUAUGAGAAUGCGAAUCAAAGAAGGGGAACAAGCAGUUGGUAAAGCUAGCAAGGAUUCAGAAUUGCCAAGGAGUGCAUCGCAGAAAAUUAGAUCUAUGGAGGUUUUGUUGGCCAAAGCAAAUCAUGCAUUCACUGACUGCUUUAAAAUAGCUGAAACCCUUCGUGCCAUGGCUAAUGAUACUGAAGAACAGGUUCAAGUAGAGAAGAAUGAAGAGUCAUAUCUCAUUCAGCUUGCUGGAAGGACUACCCCUAAAGGCCUUCAUUGCCUCUCCAUACGGUUGACAACUGAAUAUCUUUUACUUCAACCUGAGGAAAGACAAUUCCCUAACCAACAUAAAUUGCAAGAUCUAGAUUUUUAUCACUAUGCAGUUUUCUCUGACGAAAUUCUGGCUUGUGCAGUUGUUGUUAACUCCACAACUGCCUCUGCAAAGGAGCCGGAGAAAAUUGUUUUCCAUGUAGUGACCGAUUCUCUUAACCUUCCAGCAAUUUCAAUGUGGUUUUUAUUAAAUCCUCCUGGAAAAGCUACAAUUGAUGUCCAGAGCAUAGAAAAUUUUGAAUGGUUGUCAACAGAAUAUUCUUCAGCAUUGAAGGAACAAAAUUCCAAUGAUCCUAGAUAUACAUCUGCCCUUAGUCAUCUUCGGUUCUAUCUGGCAGACAUCUUUCCAGCACUGGAUAAGAUUGUGCUCUUUGAUCAUGAUGUGGUAGUACAAAGAGAUUUAACUGGACUUUGGGGUGUUAACUUGAACGGAAAAGUACAUGCAGCAGUAGAGACUUGUCAUGAAAGUGAAGCUUCAUUUCAUUCCAUGCAUUUGUUUAUGAACUUUUUAGAUCAAUUUUCAGCAAAGAGGCUUAAUGCUAGUGUUUGCACAUGGGCAUUUGGAAUGAAUUUUUUUAAUCUCCAAGAAUGGAGAAGACAAAAUUUAACCAACCUCUAUCGUGAUUACUUGCAACUGGGACUUAAGAGGCCAUUGUGGAAGACAGAGAGCUUGCCUUUAGUUUGGACUACCUUUUACGACCAGACUGUAGCUUUAGAAAAGAGCUGGCAUGCAUUUGGGCUAGGUCAUAACUCAGGUCUUAGUCAAGGUGAUAUCGAGCAUGCAGCAGUCAUACACUAUGAUGGAAUCAUGAAACCCUGGUUGGAAAUAGGAAUUGCUGAAUAUAAAGGCUAUUGGAGCAAACAUGUGCAGUAUGACCAUCCUUACUUACAAGAGUGUAAUAUCCAUGAAUAA